GACACACGAGAAGAAAGAUCCCAAGUCAUCGUAUUCGUCCCUUAACAUUUUCUGCUCAGAAUUUUUCCGCGAAAGCAAAAGAAGAAGAAGAAAAAAAAAAAAAACCAGAGAAGGAAAAUCUAGAGAGAGAAAGAGCGAGGAGAGAGAGAUGUACGGGUACAGUGGGUUGAACAGCAAGUCGGAGGAGGUAGAUCUAGAGUCCGGAGAGAUUCUCUACCCAGGGCUCAGCGCCGGCGAGAACCAGCUCCGAUGGGGUUUUAUUCGCAAGGUCUACGGAAUCCUCACCGCUCAGAUCGUCCUCACCACCGUCGUCUCCGCCGUCACCGUCCUCUACGCUCCCGUCAACGAUCUCCUUCGAGGCAGCCCCGGCCUUCUUCUCUUCCUCGCCAUCCUUCCUCUUAUCUUGUUAUGGCCCUUGCAUGUCUAUCAGCAAAAGCAUCCUCUGAACUUCAUCUUCCUCGGACUUUUCACUGUGACACUAAGUUUCACCGUCGGCGUAAGCUGUGCUAACACGGAUGGAAGGAUUGUGCUCGAGGCAUUGAUUUUAACCUCAGCUGUGGUUGUAUCCUUGACUGGAUACACGUUCUGGGCUUCCAAGAAGGGCAAGGACUUCAGCUUCCUAGGACCAAUCUUAUUCACUGGUCUCAUUAUUCUUGUUCUAACCGGUUUCAUCCAGGCAUUUUUCCCACUUGGCUCUACAUCUGUUGCUAUCUACGGUGCGGUUGGUGCAAUCAUCUUCUCGGGCUAUAUUGUUUACGACACAGAUAACUUGAUCAAGCGCUUCACUUAUGAUCAAUACAUUUGGGCUGCCAUUACUCUUUACCUGGAUGUACUGAACCUGUUCCUUUCAAUCUUGCGGAUGCUGAGACAAUCAGACGGUUAGUCUAUCGGCUAACUCUCACAAGCCAGGCAUUUCUGCCAAAAAGCAGCAAGUGUAUUCGAAACUAAGACUAGAGAUCUUGUCUACGCUUCACCGUAUCUUUUAUAUCACAUUUGAGUGAAUGGUCGUAACUCAAUAACAUGAAAAUUUCUCAGUCAGUAGUUCUGGCUGUAUUAAGUGUGUUAAAUGCAUUUUCUUCAUAAAUGGUAGCUUAUUACAACGUGUUUUCAUUUCUCAAUAAUGCAUCGUGUAUUUGCAUAGAACACAUGUUUUGCAUGGUCGAUUAAUUUUUUUGUUUUGUUUUUUUUACUGGAUAUACAGUGCCGACACGGCUUUCCUUUGUCACUGUAAUGUUUAUUUACCCGCAUCUGAUCUUCUUUUUGUCA